AUGGAGAGAUUUGAUAUUGCAACUCACAUACUCUCCUCCCUCAAAUUCUUCGACUGGGCCGGCCGCCAACCCGGUUUCCACCACACUCGGGCCACCUUCCACGCCAUUUUCAAGAUCCUCUUCAAAGCCCAACUCAUGUCUCUCUUGUUAGACUUUCUAGAUGACUACAUGAAGCAGCGCUACUUGCAUAAGGUUCGUUUCUAUGACACACUCGUUAUGGGAUACGCUGUUGCUGGUAAGCCUCAAGUUGCACUCCAAAUGUUUGGUAGAAUGCGCUUUGAAGGUCUUGACUUGGAUCCCUUUGCUUAUCAUGUCUUGUUGAAUUCUUUGGUCGAGGAGAGCUGUUUUGAUGCCUUUCACGUCAUUUUAAACCAGAUUCUAUUGCGGGGUUUUCAGACUGACUUUACAAAUGCCAUUGUUGUUAGGAGUUUUUGUAAGCAGAAGUUGUUCCAUGACGCUGAGCUUUACUUGCGAGGCUUGUUGACCCAAGGGAGGGAAUUGCACGGCCACGUUGUCACUGUGCUUGUUGAUGCUCUUUGUAAGACUAAACAAUUCCAGAAAGCUGGGAAGUUGGUGCAGGAGUUUCGGGACUCUGGCUUGGUGCCAAUGGAGGAUGCUUAUGGGGUUUGGAUUAGGGAUCUUGUUCAGGCCGGGCAGUUGGAUGGAGCUCUGGAUUUCUUGCGCACUAAGAAGUCGUUGGAAGGGUAUGUUCCCGAUGUGUUUCGAUACAAUGUUUUGAUAUGUAGUCUUUUGAGGGAGAAUCGACUUGAGGAGUUGUGUGAUUUGUUAAUGGAGAUGAAGGAGGGUCAGAUAUCCCCUGAUGUGGUCACCAUGAAUGCUGCAUUGUGCUUUUUUUGUAAAGCCGGGAUGGUGGAUGUUGCGCUUGAGUUGUACAAUUUGAGGUCUGAAUUUGGGCUCUCUCCUAAUAGCAUGGCCUAUAAAUAUUUAAUCAAUACUCUCUGUGGUGAUGGAAGCAUCGAUGAAGCUUAUCGUGUGUUGAAGAAUUCUAUUGAACAAGGUUAUUUCCCCCGUGGAAGAACAUUUUCUAUACUUGCAGAUGCUUUCUGCAGAGAGGAAAAGCCUGAUAAGAUGAAGGAGUUGGUCAUUGUUGCCUUGGAGAGGAAUUUUAUGCCAACUACUUUCUCGUAUGACAAGUUUAUAUCUGCUCUGUGUAGGGCUAGGAGGGUAGAGAUUGGGUAUUUGAUACAUGGAGAACUUGACAGAAUAAAUAAAGUUACUAAAAAAACUAUGCUUAACUUGAUACAUGGUUUCAACGAGUUGAACAGGGGAGAUAUUGCAGCCAGACUUCUUAUUGAGAUGCAAGCAAAGGGUCACACCCCAACUCGUGCCUUGUUCAGAGCUGUUAUUUGUUGUUUAUGUGAUAUGGAAUACCCAGAAAACCAAUUUUUCAAAUUGUUGGAGAUGCAGUUAUCUCGUCAUGAACCCAAUUUUCACAUUUACAACUUCUUCAUUGAUGGAGCUGGGCAUGCCAAAAAACCUGACCUGGCUAGAGAAGUAUUUGAGAUGAUGAGGAGAAGUGGGAUUGAGCCCACUCUGAGUUCUGACAUUCUUAUGUUGCAGAGUUAUUUAAAGAGCAAAAGAAUUUCCAAUGCUUUGAAUUUCUUUAGUGAUAUACGCCAGAGAAGAAAGAUUAAUAGUAAACUAUAUAAUACCAUUAUUGUUGGCCUCUGCAAAGUCAACAAGGUUGAUAUUGCAUUGGAGUUUUUGAGAGAAAGCAGGAAUAAUGGAGUGGUUCCAGGUACUGUUUGUUACGAGGUUCUCAUACAGAUGCUGUGCUCAAACAAAAGAUAUGGUAUGGUGAUAAAUCUUAUUAAUGACUUGGAGAAAACAGGGCAUCACGUAACAUCCUUUAUAGGUAACAUACUUUUGCUGCAUUCUUUGAAGGCUCGAGAGCUAUAUGACACUUGGGUUAAUUUGAAAGGGGUGCAGAAUGAUAAAUCUUCUGAUAGUUCAUUGCUUGGCCUGCUCAUUGGCGCAUUUUCUGGUCAUGUUAGAGUGACUCAACAUGUCAAGGACUUGGAAGAAGUGAUUGAAGAGUGCUUCCCACUUGACAUCUAUACAUAUAAUAUUUUGUUGAGAAGACUCAGCAUGAGCAAGAUGGAUCUUGCUUGUGAGUUGUUCAAUCGGAUGUGUCAAAGAGGGUAUGAACCUAAUCGAUGGACUUAAGACAUCCUAGUAUAUGGAUUUACCUAAUCGAUGGACUUAUGACAUCCUAGUACAUGGAUUUUUUAAACAUUGGAGGAAAGCUGAGGCUAGGAGAUGGGCAGAAGAGAUGUUCCAGAAAGGGUUUGAUCUGACUGAGCAUACUCAACUAUACAUCUAAUGGAAUCAGUGGUCUAGUUUCCCACAGCUACUUGAUUUAAACAUCAACAAAGUUUAUACAAUUUUGGUGAGAAAUAAAACAUUCCAUGCCUUAUUUUGAUGCAAUGGUAUAUUAGCUUUAAAUAUAUGUGUAUUUAUUUCAUCAGCUAUUAUUGCAGUGAAAGAAUAGGAUGUAUUUUUCAUUUUUAUUUUUCAUAUGGAGGCACUGGGUAAAGAUAUAUGCUUUAUAUCAUUACCUUUCAUUACAUUAAUUGGACAAGGAAGUUCUCUAUGUGAUGCAGUAUGCUUUGAUCAGUAGAGAUUACCAAAAAUUUGUGGGGUUUGGCAUUUGGUUUGUUAACAGCCUGUUCUGGGGAUUUACAAAAUUGGAAUGUCUCAGUUAAGUAGGCUAAAUAGUUUAGGCUCAAUUUUGCAGAUGUUGUUCUAUCUAGGAUUCCUAAUUAUGAAGAUUACGACUCCAGAUGAAGUUUUUAAUGUUUCCUAAUUUGGGUGGAAAUGUGAGAUGAUAUGUCGGUGGUAAGGUAGUUGAGAAGAUUUUGGAUUCAGAAAUCUAACUUUUCUAAGUUUGUUUUCAAGUAUUGAAAUUUAGUUUGCUGCUGGAUGAAUUCCCGUCAGUUUGUCAGAGGCAGAAUAGUGCAGAAAACCAAGCUACAGUGCACUGGCAACCACCACAGGGGGAUUUUUGAAACUGAAUGUUGAUUGGCGCAAUUUUUCAGAAGUUGGGAGCUGUGGGAGUGGCUACCAUUAUCUGGAAUUCAAUUGGUCUACCAAUGGUAGUGCUACGCAAAAAAAUUAGGCGAGUUAAAGAUCGUCUUGAAGCUGAACUGGUCAGGGCUUGCAUUUUGCUUAUGAAGUUGGGUUUCGAAGGCCUAUUCUAGAAGGUGGUUUGGCUACAGCCAUCUAGUCCAUGAUCCAUAUGGAUAUGGAUCAAGCAUUGUUAGGAAACAUCAUUGAGUUGGCAAUAUCAUUACCUAACAGCUUUGAACACUUUGAAGUUUCUGUUGUACAAAGAGAAGCUAACAUUGUAGUUCAUAGAGUGGCUAGGUAUUCCCAAUAUGUGACGGAUUUGAUAGUGUGGAUGGAAGAAGCUCCAUUUUUUGUCCAAACAACAACUUAUCCUUGAUGU